AUGGACCCUGAAGAUGCCGAUCCCGUCGAAGACUUGUCUAUUAAGCAAAGUCAAGUCAUCGUCGAAAGAAAUUUGAGCUUCAACGAAACCACCAAAAAGUGGCAUUGGUCUCCACCUAAGACAAUAGAAUACCACAGGCGUGACCACCGGGAGACGCUAGACCUGCUGAAAAAACUAAUUCAGUGCCCGGACCUCCAAGUGGAACACAUUGCUCCCCUACGACCCAUGCCCAAACCCUUACCCCUAGCCCUCAACUCCCUAAAAACCGAGUCUGCUGUCGAAUCCAUGUUCCCGUUCGGCAGCACCCUGGACCCCAAACCCCCCAAAUUCGAACUCAUGGAAACCUACCUCACCCCCAACAAAAACAACAAAAAGUGGGUAAAAGCCAAACUUAUCCACGUCGCCUACCCUGAACCGCCCACCCGAGUCCUAGAGGUUGGCAGCCGUGUCGUGGCUUUGAAAAAACAACUAUCGACCACCGGCGAACUGUCACGAGGACGACGCAAGCACGAAAAGGGCGUGGUUAUGGAAUUUCCAACCAACCAGAACCUACAAAGAUAUUUGGUGGUUUUCGACGACGGCGACUGGGCUUACGUGAAGCCGGAUGAAGUGUGGCUUCUGUGUUAUCAAAGUCCGAGGGCUUGGGACGACGUACCUGAGGAAAAUAAGCACAUCGUGAGGUACUUUUUACACGGGUUAUAUCAAGCAAUAACGGACUUCGAAAAGGGUGAUUUGGUCGUGUACGAAAUGAGACCCAAUGAAUACCAACAUGGCGUCGUUAUAAAAGUUGACGUUUCUAUCUUGUACGUGUGGUUUUCUAAAUAUUGUAAGUGUGUGACACUUUAUAAAGGUCUUGCAAGUUUUAGAGGUUGUUGA